GCUUAUGGAAUUUGAAAACCACAACUCUCAAGCCAAUUCAACUCCUUGCUUCCAAAAUUCAUUUCUAUUUACUCCUGAUCAAUCCUAAUAAUUUUAUACUGUUCCCAAUAAUACUAUGAAUCCUUUCACGAACUAAUUUUAAUAAUUCUAACAACCCUAAUUUUGGAAUUAAGGAACGAAUUUAAUAGCAUAAUAAAACCAAUUUAACCUAAAUCCAGUUUUCUAAUAGGCUCCUAUACAAAUGAAUACUCAAUAAUUUUUCUAAUAACCUUAAGAUCAAAAUGAAGAAGAUUAUGACUAAGAUUAUUAGCCUGGAGAAGAAGAAGAAUCUAGUUCAAGUGAAAGUGAAGAAUAAGAAGAAGAUCUUUAGGAAGAAGGUAUUAAUAUAUAAUAAUUUUUAUAGAAUAAUUUGAUGAUCCAGACUUUGAUUUAUAAGCUUACUUAAAAGUUCGUGAUCAACUUUGAAAUAAUAAUUUUAUAUUAAA